AUGAAAGGCAAGAAAAAGUUUUCCUAUUCUAGUCUCUGAAUUUCCACAUGGUAUCAGAGCAAAUCUGAGAUCCUCUUUCUCUGUUAGCUUUUCUUCUUUUCCAUUUUUCUCACUAUUCUCCUUUUUUUUUUUUACUGUCCAACAAUGGUGACAGGAACUGUAGUGACUCCUGAAAACACUCAAACAACUGGAAAUACCUCAAACCCUCUAUCAGAUCACACUCAUCCUUUCUUUCUUCAUGCUUCUGAUUCCCCAGGAAUGAACCUUGUCAACUCACCCUUCAAUGGAAAGGGAUAUGGGGGAUGGAAGAGGUCAAUCUUGAUAGCCCUUUCAGCAAAAAAUAAGAUUGGGUUCAUUGAUGGUACUCAAAAGGAACUAGCUCCUACUUCAGCUGAUUUCAAACUAUGGAGCAGGUGCAAUGACAUGGUGUUGUCAUGGUUGCUCAACUCUCUCUCAAAGGAGAUAGCUGACAGUGUCAUCUACUCCAAAACAGCCAAAGAUCUCUGGCAGGAACUUGAGGACAGGUUUGGGCAAAGUAAUGGUGCUCAACUCUAUCACCUACAAAAGGAGUUGAGUGAUUUAGUGCAGGGAUCAAAUGAUAUUGCUGGGUAUUUCACAAAAAUCAAGAGGUUGUGGGAUGAGCUUGAUGCUCUGAGCACUUCUGUCAACUGCACAUGUGACUGCCAGUGUGGUGGAAAAGCAAAAAUGGGUAAGUCUCUUCAAGAUGAAAGAUUGAUUCAGUUUCUAAUGGGUUUAAAUGAUGUCUAUGCAGCUGGGAAAAGCAAUAUUCUGAUGCUCUCACCAUUACCCUCUGUGAAUCAUGCUUACUCACUCUUAAUGCAAGAUGAGAAACAGAGGGAAGUGUAUAUGAGCUCACACUAUCCAGGGAACUCUACUUCCUUCUUGGCCACUAAUCAGACCACUCUUGGUCAGAAGUCUGGAUAUUAUGAAGCCAAACAGAAGAAAACCAAUUUGGUGUGCUCAAACUGUAAGAAACCUGGGCAUUCUGUGGAUAAAUGCUAUAGGAUAAUAGGCUUUCCCAGUGACUUCAAGUUUACCAAAGCAAAGAGAUUCGAGGGAAAUGUGAAGAGCAAUGCUGUCUUCAUGGAAGGAACACAAGAACAAAAUGGAGCGCACUUUGAUGGAGAAGGGCAGGGGAAACAUUUCACCAAAGAUCAAUGCUCACAACUCAUUCAGAUGCUUCAGAAUGUGCAAAUGAAUCAACCAGAAGAAUCACCAUGUGAUGCAGCAGCUAAUGCAGUGACCUGUGCUGGGCCCUUCAAUGAAGAGGCCUCUGGAAUUUGGUGAAGUGAGGACAGGUCUAUAUCUCUUAGAGUCAAGCUUCCAAUAUCUUAAGAGUUUCGAUGGCAGAGCAAUUAAUUUAUCUGAACAAGAGAAUUCUAGUUGUCUUUCUGUUUCUAGUAUUUUUCCCAUUCCUAUAAAAAGUAGUUCUGAUGUAAGGCUAUGGCACCUUAGAUUAGGGCAUAUGCCAUUUCAAUCAAUGAA